AUAUUCAAACUUCAAAGUGUAAUUGAAACACAACUUCUCUUCUUCAGCCGCCAAUAUUAUUUCUCUCUCUCUCUCUCUAUUUCGAGAUCACCAAAUGAUGGAAAAUUUCCCUAAUUUUCUCUCAACUUCAUCCUCUUCAUCCUCCCUUUCUCUCCAACAAAUCUUGUUUUCUCGAGCAUCCGACCAUAGGGGACACCAUUUUCGACACCCACCGUCCGUAUCCGAUGGGUUUCCCAUGUUGUUUCGUGACGUUUCAACAGACGACAUGUCGUUUGAUGCAACGAGUAGUGUGAAGGAUGAGGAUAAUAAUAACAAUAAUAAUAAUGUUGUUUCGGUUAGUGAAAGGUUUCGUGUUGAUGGGUCGUCGGCGUUGAAGAAGGCGGAGGAGGAGGGGGAGGUGAGGGCGGGAGCGAUGAUGGGGGAGAGGGGAGGGGGUGAUUGUGAUAAGAAAAAGAAGAUGAGAAGUAGGAGAUUUGCUUUUCAAACAAGAAGUCAAGUUGAUAUUCUUGAUGAUGGCUAUAGAUGGAGGAAGUAUGGACAAAAGGCUGUGAAGAACAACAAAUUCCCAAGAAGCUACUAUAGAUGUACACACCAAGGUUGCAAAGUGAAGAAGCAAGUUCAGAGGCUAACAAGAGAUGAAGGGGUGGUGGUGACGACUUAUGAAGGCAUUCAUUCUCAUCCCAUUGAGAAAUCCACUGAUAAUUUUGAGCAUAUUUUGUCUCAAAUGCAAAUCUACACUUCUUAUUAACAUCAUCUUAUGAUCUUAGCUAGCUAGCCUACUAUAUGUACACACUUUCAAUUUCCUUUUUAAUUAUACACUAAACUCUAUACUCA